CCUUGUGACCCUUCCAUCUUCCUCCAUGGCUCCAUCAAACCCUUCCAUUCCUAUCUGUUACCAGGAUGAAAAGGAGAAUGGUUCUCCAAUUGCAAGCAAUUCUUGUGACGAUAAAACCUUUGAUCUUCAACCAGUGUCACCUAAUUCUUCUGGUGAAGGUUUGCCGUAUGCACCUGAAGGGUGGCCAAAUCCUGGUGAUAUAUGGGGCUGGAAAGUGUUGAGCAGGACAAACAAGGCUGGAUAUUUUCUAGAUAGGCACCUUUAUCCGCCAAAAUCUCUUCAGAUUCCUUCUAACAAGAGACAUAGCUUGAGAACCAAGCCUGAUAUUGAGAGAUACAUCGAAUCAAAUUUUCCUAGCAUGAGCAUUGAAGCAUUCUUUGAUUUGUUUAGCUGGCAGAUACCCUCUACUGGGAAAACUCCCACAAAAGCUGUACAAUCUACGCCCAUUACCCCUGCACUGAAGGCAGUGGAGAUUGAAGAAGAUACCACAGAAAAGAUUAGCAGCACCCAUAGGAAGUUAAAACGUAGAACACAAAUCCGCUGUCAAUCAUCUAGGAAAUCUUCCAGACUAGGUGCUCGUGUAGGUCGUCAGUCUUUAGCCCCUGAUCAAGAUGCAAAUGACAUUCUUAAUUUAUGCAUUCUGGACGAUGAAGUGGUGAAAACUGACACAACUGAGAUUUUUUAUGGCAAUAUGGAUUGUGAAAAAGGAUCUGGCAUGGAGAUAUGUGGGGAGAAGAAGUAUCCCAUUGUGACCACUGUUUUAGAGAAUUUUGAGGACUAUCUUGAUAACUUGGAGGACAUGCUUGUUAUGCCUCAUUCUCAGAGUUCAUCAGAUCAUGUGGCUCCUUCCACCAAAACUAUGGAUGAUCAAACGAUAGAGUGCUGCAAGAAGAAGCUUUCUACCCUUCUUGCUGGAGACUUCUCUUCUUUGGUUUCUUGUAACCAUGCUGUGAUAGAAGUUGCAAUGCUUGCAUCACAAAUCUGCAAAGAUGAUACCCUCAGUGCUGAUCAGAUAGCAAAGUUAAAAUUGGUGGAAGAAAUUCCCUUAGCUAGUGUGGCUUUCCAUGAGGCCAGUGAGAACGUAGAAAAGGCAGACAAAUUCUUGGGUGACUUGGAGGCCAAGAAAUGCAAAGUUAUGAGUCUAAAAAGUGGCUACAAAGACAAAGUAGCUCAGUUGCAGUCUGAAAUGGAAAAGAACACUUCUGCAAUCCAAGAAAUUGAUGAUCAAAUUCAGAAGCUUCAAUCAAAACGAAAGGAGAUAUGUGAUGCGUUAGAAAUCUUGCAAGAGCAUAAAGUUGAGCUGACUUCUGGGGAAUCAAGUGUUGCCAACUCAAUUCUAAAACUUGUUGGGGAGAUUCAGCAAGGAUUAUCUGAAAAAUCAAAAUGGGAGCUGAAGAAAACCAUUUCUGUUCAGAGUGUAGCUGAGAUACAAGAGAAGUUCAUCACUUUAAGAGGAUUAACAUUUUAAUCAAACUCUUUUACUUGUUCUCAUCCGGUAUAAGAACUUUUAGAUAGCCAGCUGACAAUUAUCUAUCUAUAUUUCUAAGUAAUGAGUCUAAGUCUAUGUAAGUUGAGUCAUAUUAUGGGACCUUAGAUUGUGACAAUCACUGAACUACUGUUAGAAUGUGACAAAUUAACUGAUUUGCAAUCUCCUUUGUUUU